GAGGCUCCCCUCCCCGCUCUGCACCGGGUUUAUAAAGCAGGGGCGUGGGGCGCAGCCUGGAAAAGCUGAUCGAGUCAUCCAGAGGCCUUCAGCACUGGAGCAAGUCUCGGUCUGGUUAUCCAGGGCUCCACCUAUCGCGUCUCUCCAGCCCCCGCGUCCCGCACCCAGGCCGCCCGGGAACAUGCGCUGCGCUUCGACAGCAGGCGCAGCUCUGGUGCUGUGCGCGGCGACCGCCGGGCUGCUGAGCGCACAGGGCCGCACCGCCCAGCCGGAGCCGCGGCGUUUCGCGUCCUGGGACGAGAUGAACUUGCUGGCUCACGGGCUGUUGCAGCUCGGCCACGGGCUGCGCGAACACGUGGAGCGCACCCACAGGCAGCUGGGCGCUCUGGAGGGGCGCCUGGCCGCGUGUGGGGCGGCUUGCCAGGGAUCCAAGGGGACGGGUGCGCCCUUGAAAGACACAGAGAGCACAGUCGCUGGCGACAGCGGGGGGGCGGCUCCGGAGACUCUGCAUAGCCUGCAGACACAGCUCAAGGCUCAGAACAGCAAGAUCCAACAACUGUUCCAGAAGGUGGCCCAGCAGCAGCGACACCUGGAAAAGCAAAAUCUAAGAAUCCAAAAUUUGCAGAGCCAGAUUGGCCUCCUGGCACCUGAACACCUAGAGAGUGGAGUGGCCAAGACUUCCAGAGGAAAGAGGCUACCCAAGAUGGCCCAGCUCAUUGGCCCACCACCCAAUGCCACCCGCUUGCACAGGCCACCCCGAGACUGCCAGGAACUCUUUCAAGAAGGUGAGCGACAAAGUGGACUAUUCCAAAUCCAGCCUCAGGGGUCCCCACCAUUCCUGGUCAACUGUGAGAUGACUUCAGAAGGAGGCUGGACAGUGAUUCAGAGACGCCAGGAUGGCUCUGUUGACUUUAAUCAGCCCUGGGAAGCCUACAAAGCAGGCUUUGGAGAUCCCCAAGGUGAAUUCUGGCUGGGCCUCGAAAAGAUGCAUAGCAUCACAGGGGAUCGAGGAAGCCACCUGGCUAUACAACUCCAGGACUGGGAUGGCAAUGCCAAAUCUCUGCAAUUCCCCAUUCACCUGGGGGGUGAAGACACAGCCUAUAGCCUGCAACUCACAGAGCCCACAGCCAAUGAACUGGGAGCUUCCAAUGUCUCACCCAGUGGCCUCUCCCUGCCCUUUUCCACAUGGGACCAAGACCAUGACCUUCGCAGGGAUCUUAACUGUGCAAAGAGCCUCUCGGGUGGCUGGUGGUUUGGCACCUGUGGUCACUCUAACCUCAAUGGGCAGUACUUCCACUCCAUCCCACUGCAACGGCAGCAGCGUAAGAAGGGAAUCUUCUGGAAAACAUGGCGGGGCCGCUAUUAUCCACUCCAGGCUACCACCUUGUUGAUCCAGCCUAUGGAGGUUGCCACAGCCUCCUAGCUUCCUCACAGUAGCCUGGUCCCAGGCUUAAGAGGACUGUGACUUCAGCUGUGGCCAAACUAUAUGGCUACCCUCUGCCAGGGCAAGAACUCCAAGCAGUGCCUCUGGAGCAUUGUGGACAGAGAAGAAGCCCAUGACCAGAGAGACCCUCCUUUCUGAGAUAGAGGGUUGCAUGCAUUGUCAUCUGAUACAAUCAGGACAACAGGACAGGGCCCGGAUCCAGGAAGCAUGGGAUCAAGGGACAUUGAGUUCCACUUCUUGACUGCCAAAGGAGUUGGGAGAUACAAAGGGACCACUCAGGGCCAGCUACAUUGGCCCUUGAUGGCAGACUCAGUCACAUUGACUGGCUGGAGGACAGGGUUCCCAAGAGCCCUCCCUGAACACCCUCAUGGUGCUGUUGUGUAGGUGCUGUGGAUGAAGUGACAUAACUGUGGUGUCCAGAAAGAGUAUGCACAAUUCUUGGAAUAAAAGCAACAUCAGAACAUUUUA